AUGCCGCGCCCACGUAUCCUUCUCGAGGACAGCUCGGAGCUGCUCCAACACGCAGGCGAAGAGGUCUACGGCCGGGCAAAUAAGAUGUGGCACAGCUUCACCGGCUGGGCGCUCCAGGACAACAUAUUGGAAGUGGCGGUCGGGUUGAUCAUCGCCGCAUCUUUCACCAGCGUGGUGACCUCCUUCGUCUCGGACAUCCUGCUCCCGCCUCUGUCGCUGCUCCCGUUCAUCAAUCGGAAUAUGGAUGAGAAGUUCGCCGUCUUGAGACGAGGUCCGGGAUACAAUGUCACGGACGGGAUUGGGUACAACACUCUGGCUCAGGCGGCCGAGGAUGGAGCUGUGGUUCUGGCUUAUGGGACAUUUUUCAACAAGAUCAUCAACUUCAUCGGAGUCGGACUGGCGUUGUACUUUAUCGCUAGUACAUACGAGAGGUUCAGCAGCGAGCCCAUCAUCAAGCAAACUGUCAAGUGCCGGUACUGCCGCAAGCGGAUUAGUGAUAAGGCUCAACGGUGUAUUAACUGCACUUCGUGGCAAGAUGGCCGCGAGGAUACCAUUCGGUGA